CUCCAAAAUUUAAAUUAAAUUGUGCAGUUUAUGAGAUAACAGAAUAAAUAAUUAUGACUAGCCGGAAAAAUGUUUUAUAUUUAUUCGACGUAGACGGAACUUUGACGAAACCCCGUCAGAUUAUUACAGAUGACUUAAAAAGUUUUUUACUAGAAAAAGUAAAACCAAAGGUUUCAAUCGGACUAGUCAGUGGUUCCGAUUACGUUAAAAUUGUGGAGCAAAUGGGCGGGGAAGAUGUGACGAACCAAUUCGACUUCGUGUUCUGCGAAAAUGGGGUGAUGCAAUAUAGGCAAGGAGAUUUAAAAAGUACGCAAAGUAUAUUAAACUAUAUUGGUGAAGAAACUCUUCAAAGAGUCAUCAAUUUUGCUUUAGGUUACAUGUCAAAGCUACAGCUACCAGCCAAGAGAGGAAAUUUUGUGGAGUUUCGUUCCAGUAUGAUAAAUAUUUGCCCCGUAGGCCGAUCUUGUAGUCAAGCAGAGAGAGACGAGUUCUCUAGAUAUGAUUUAGAACACAAUAUUAGGGCAAAGUUUGUGGAAGCUCUUCAAAAAGAAUUUGACUCAAACUUGAAAUUCGCCCUUGGAGGACAAAUCAGUGUAGAUGUUUAUCCUACUGGUUGGGAUAAAACCUACUGCCUUCAGCAUAUACAAGACGAAAACUUCAGUGAGGUCCACUUCUUUGGAGACAAGACUAUGGCUGGGGGUAAUGACCAUGAAAUCUACAACGACCCAAGGACAAUUGGUCAUAUAGUUACAUCUCCAGAAGAUACAAAAGAACAGUUAAAACAGUGCCUUAAUAUUAAAUAAAAUGUUUAUCUUAAUCUUGUAUAUAUGUUGUAUUCAAAUAAAUGAUUCACAAAAAUGUAGGAAAAAACGUUUACUUUGUAUUUUCAAGUAUAUUGUAAAAAAAAACAUGUAUAUUGUGUACAUAGAGGCUAGAGCUAGCCAGAGUAUUGUGAUAUGACAAAGUAACUUAAAUUUAAAAUAUGCUUAACCUAUUAUUAUUAAUUAUUUAUAGAAAAUUCAAAAUACAACUGUAAUUUAACAUUUAAUAAUAACAACUCGAAAAAUAUUAUUUGGUCCUGUUUUCAAUAAAUUCUUAUUAUAAAAAAAAAUA